AUGAGAACGCGACGCUCACCCCCCGAGCCCUUCCGCUUCCUCGACCUGCCUGCAGAACUUCGUAACGCCGUCUAUGAGUUCUUGACUGCCGAAUCCGAAGGCUGCGUCGGGCGAUUCGCUCUAAAAACGAAAUCACCUUCGCUCGGUGCUAGCUCUACUCCCGCUUCAAUAUUUUCACUCGCACACGUGUGUCAAAAGGUGCGUAAAGAGUUCCUCUCGCACCUCUUUGCCACGUUGGAAGUCGGUCUAGACUGGUUGGAUGUUGAGUACUUCUGUCACACGUGGCUGUCCACCCGCCCGCCGAAGUCGAUCACCGUAUACAUUGACGAACACAUUUCCACUGAGCCUCCCAUUCAAAAGCCGAAAUUUGGAUGUGGGUCCUCGACCGCCGAUGAGAUUGCUGCUGAAAUGGAGGCCGUAUGGCAAGGCAUUGUCCAGGUGCGCCGACCGCGCCGAGUGCUACAUCCGUCGCUCAACCUCCUUCCGCUACUGCAAACGCGACUCCUGCGUAGAGACUUUGUCUGUCUGUUCGCACUAGAUCCGAAGGUCGACUGGAAUGCUGUGAAAGAGAAGUAUAACAGCGAGGACACACUGACUGACGAGCGCGUCGCUACAGCCGUCCAGGACCUCGCGCAGUUGAUGAUCUUCGGUAAUGAGCCUUGGACGCAGUGCAUGGAGAGGAAGCUCGAUGAGGUUCUACUUCACCCAUGGUCAGACUGGACAGAUCUACAGAUUGAGCUCGUGUUCAAGGAGCAACCAAACGAUUUCAAGACCCUGAGCAGCAAGACACGACGCUGUUAUUUGCCUGAUCUGCGUGGGGCGGGACUGCGAGAGUUCUACGCGACAACCGGCCUGACAUUCAACAUGAGCAUGGCGUCUUCGUCUCCAAAGCCAGACUGGGAAGAGAGUCCUCGAUUACGCUAG